CAUCAGCAAUGUAGCGGGCAGGUCACAUGGCGUACAUGGCUCUAACCCAGAAAGCCGAGCACCGAGCGUAACUUUGUGGAAGCGGCGCAAGCUAACCACGGCAGCAGGAUGGCGCCCAGAUGAGGUGGCGCAGCUCGUGGUGUUGGCCUGCUCUCCAUCGUGCUCGCGUUGUGCGGCCUGCUGCUCCCGGGCGCCACACGUGCAGAGUGGACCCCAAGCGACGGCUGCUCCAGCGGCUGCGACGGCAACGGAUACUGCGUUUCCAGCUCAACGUCAACGUGGUUUGGCGACAGUUGUCCCAACGGUUGGGCGGCUCAAGGCGACCCGCAUCGACAGUUUGGCCAAACCUGCUCUAUGACGGACUGCGCUUGGAUCUGCAGCAAUGAGUGUCCGUCGGGCAGCGCAUACACUGGUCAGUACAGCGGCAACAACUGCUACCUACCUGGAAAAAGCCAGUGUCAGUGCUGCAAUAAAGAAGAUACUAUUGAGUGCGCUGCUUACAAACAGUGUAUAUGGGCGCCCGAUGUCCCGUCGCCGCCCCCUCCUGGCGACCGCGGAGGCUGCAGCUAUGACAAUUACGAGGCGUAUGUGGGCCGGGAUCAGCUGGACUACACGUGUGAAGUCUCCACGCCCAUGACCGUCACGGCGUCUGUGAGCUCCGAGGCGGGUGACAGCCUGGCCAUCGAGGUGCGCUCCGGGUCUUCGUGCUCCGGCGGCACGCUGCAGACCACGGACAGGUCCAGCAACCCCAGCCUGUCGUAUGGCCCCCUGUCGUAUGGGACCUUCUGCGUCAGCGUGGUGUGCAAGAACUGGAUUGAGGCGUGCGGCAACGCCGUCAUCAGCAUCAGCUACUCAGAGGCCCUGUCCCCGUCGCCUUCGCAGCCGUCUGAGCCUUCUGCGCCGCCACCUCCUGGCGACCGCGGAGGCUGCAGCUAUGACAAUUACGAGGCGUAUGUGGGCCGGGAUCAGCUGGACUACACGUGUGAAGUCUCCACGCCCAUGACCGUCACGGUGUCUGUGAGCUCCGAGGCGGGUGACAGCCUGGCCAUCGAGGUGCGCUCCGGGUCUUCGUGCUCCGGCGGCACGCUGCAGACCACGGACGGGUCCAGCAACCCCAGCCUGUCGUAUGGCCCCCUGUCGUACGGGACCUUCUGCGUCAGCGUGGUGUGCAAGAACUGGAUUGAGGCGUGCGGCAACGCCGUCAUCAGCAUCAGCUAUUCAGAGGCCCUGUCCCCGUCGCCUUCGCAGCCGUCUGAGCCUUCUGCGCCGCCACCUCCUGGCGACCGCGGAGGCUGCAGCUAUGACAAUUACGAGGCGUAUGUGGGCCGGGAUCAGCUGGACUACACGUGUGAAGUCUCCACGCCCAUGACCGUCACGGCGUCUGUGAGCUCCGAGGCGGGUGACAGCCUGGCCAUCGAGGUGCGCUCCGGGUCUUCGUGCUCCGGCGGCACGCUGCAGACCACGGACGGGUCCAGGAACCCCAGCCUGUCGUAUGGCCCCCUGUCGUAUGGGACCUUCUGCGUCAGCGUGGUGUGCAAGAACUGGAUUGAGGCGUGCGGUAACGCCGUCAUCAGCAUCAGCUAUUCAGAGGCCCUGUCCCCGUCGCCUUCGCAGCCGUCUGAGCCUUCUGCGCCGCCACCUCCUGGCGACCGCGGAGGCUGCAGCUAUGACAAUUACGAGGCGUAUGUGGGCCGGGAUCAGCUGGACUACACGUGUGAAGUCUCCACGCCCAUGACCGUCACGGUGUCUGUGAGCUCCGAGGCGGGUGACAGCCUGGCCAUCGAGGUGCGCUCCGGGUCUUCGUGCUCCGGCGGCACGCUGCAGACCACGGACGGGUCCAGGAACCCCAGCCUGUCGUAUGGCCCCCUGUCGUAUGGGACCUUCUGCGUCAGCGUGGUGUGCAAGAACUGGAUUGAGGCGUGCGGCAACGCCGUCAUCAGCAUCAGCUAUUCAGAGGCCCUGUCCCCGUCGCCUUCGCAGCCGUCUGAGCCUUCUGCGCCGCCACCUCCUGGCGACCGCGGAGGCUGCAGCUAUGACAAUUACGAGGCGUAUGUGGGCCGGGAUCAGCUGGACUACACGUGUGAAGUCUCCACGCCCAUGACCGUCACGGCGUCUGUGAGCUCCGAGGCGGGUGACAGCCUGGCCAUCGAGGUGCGCUCCGGGUCUUCGUGCUCCGGCGGCACGCUGCAGACCACGGACGGGUCCAGCAACCCCAGCCUGUCGUAUGGCCCCCUGUCGUACGGGACCUUCUGCGUCAGCGUGGUGUGCAAGAACUGGAUUGAGGCGUGCGGCAACGCCGUCAUCAGCAUCAGCUACUCAGAGUUACCUUCACCACCGCCACCUCGGGCUACGCACUCGCCGCCUCCGCCGCGGCUUCUGCACUCGCCGCCUCCACCACCCCCGCGCUCGCCUUCGCCGCCACCUCAUUCGCCUCCGCCGCCCCCACAUUCGCCACCGCCUCCACCCCCACAUUCGCCCUCGCCUCCACCCCCACAUUCGCCGCCGCCUCCGCCCCCACAUUCGCCGCCGCCACCAUCGCCGCAUUCGCCGCCGCCACCGCCGCCGCAUUCACCUCCGCCGCCGUCCCCGCAUUCACCUCCGCCGCCGUCCCCGCAUUCACCUCCGCCGCCGUCGCCACAUUCGCCUCCACCGCCGUCACCACAUUCGCCUCCACCGCCGUCACCACAUUCGCCUCCGCCGCCGUCACAACAUUCGCCUCCGCCGCCGUCACCACGUUCACCAUCGCCGCCGUCCAUGCACUCGCCGCCGCCGCCUUCCACUGCAGGCGUCACUGUCAUCGGGUCGCCGCUGCCUACUUCCUCGCCGCCACGUGCUUCGCUGCCACCGCCUCCACUUCCUCUGCCACCACCAUCUCCAUCUCCCGCCGGCUUCGGUGCUAUCGGGUCCCCUCCGCUGCCGGCGCCUACCUCGCCGCCUCGUGGCAACUGCACGUACGACCAUUACUAUGUCAAGUCCAUCGGCCACUAUGAUAAAGUGAACUUCAUCUGCUCUAACUACCCGGUCGGCGAUGCUCCUUUGAUUGAAGUCGUGGUUACGGCCGAAUCAUCAGUGAAGGACGUUCUGCUGAUUGAGUUCCGGAGCGGAUCCAGCUGCAGCGGUACUUCCAUAGCGGAGUCUUCGAGGUCAUCACACCCAAGCUUCAGUUACAGCUUCGUGCCCCGAAGCACGAACAACUGUUUAAGCCUUGCCUGUAAAAACACGGCGUCGGGCUGCAAAGGCGCUUGGAUUAGCAUCGAUUACCGCAGGCCUGCACGCAGCCCUCCGCCGAAGCUCUCUUCUAGCGGCUGAUGUCACAAGUGCACGUGAUGCUGGCGCGCGUGUACGUAUAAGGCACGUCAAGGAGCGCGCGUGUGCGACUGGUCGUGUUGGAUUGGAGCGGCGAUGCCCAAGCGCGGUGCCAGUUAUGAUAGCGUGCGGAAUACGUACUUUCUAGCGCACCUGCCCCUCGUGAUGGGGCACUUUGAUCAGUAUAUAUCAUGUUUAGCCGUCGGCUUAGACGGCCUACCCUGUAAUAUGCAAGAGCU